CAAAUUGUAACAAACCUUUCUAUUUAUAUAUAAGAAGUGCUAAUAUUAUUAUUAUUUAUAGUAUUAUUAUAAACUGGAAAGAUAAAAUUUCAUUUUCCUUACUUUUUGAGAUUUUGAUUUUUCUUUUCGUAUGUCUUAUCUUAUGGAAAUGGUUACCAUCCAGUGAGUCUACAGAGUGUUCUUAUCUGUCUUUGAAAUCAUUCUCUUUCUCUCUCACUCUCACCACAUUAUAUAAGCUUGCGCAGUCACUUCACAAUUCACAGGAAACAUUAUAUUCGACUUUAUAUGAUUUGAGCACAAACAUUAAUAAAGUAAAAAAAAAAUGAGAAUUUCUCAUCAUGUUGUGCAUUCUGUUCUUGUCCUAUUUCUUGUGUCCUGUCUUCUUGGCUCGUCAUUAGCAGCAAAGCUCUGUAGCGACGAUGACAAGGACGGCGACAAUGGUUGUUUCCGGUCUAGGGUUUUGGCAGCGCAACGAGCUGAUCUAGUGAAGGAGCUUCCGGGACAGCCUCCGGUGAAAUUUCGGCAAUACGCCGGUUAUGUAACGGUGAAUGAGACACAUGGACGAGCAUUAUUCUAUUGGUUCUUUGAAGCCACUCAUAAUCCAAACAAAAAACCUCUUCUUCUUUGGCUCAAUGGAGGACCGGGAUGUUCAUCGGUCGGAUUUGGAGCAUCAGAAGAACUCGGACCAUUCUUCCCUCAAAACUCAACUCAACCUAAUCUCAGGCUAAACCCAUAUAGCUGGAACAAAGCGGCAAAUUUAUUGUUCUUGGAAUCGCCGGUAGGAGUUGGAUUCUCCUACUCUAACACAAGCCGUGAUAUAAGUCAACUCGGCGACACCGUCACAGCUAGCGACUCGUACAACUUCCUCGUCAAUUGGUUCAAGAGAUUCCCUCAGUACAAGUCUCGCGACUUUUACAUCGCCGGAGAAAGCUAUGCCGGCCAUUACGUUCCUCAACUUUCGGAGCUCAUCUACAAUCAAAACAAGAUUGCACCAAAGAAAGAUUUCAUUAACCUCAAGGGUCUAAUGAUAGGAAAUGCAUUGUUGGACGAUGAAACUGAUCAAAAAGGGAUGAUAGAUUAUGCCUACGAUCACGCAGUGAUAUCAGAUGGAUUGUACCAGAGAGUGAAUGAACACUGCGACUUCAGACUAGCGCAUGUGUCCAAGGAAUGUGAUGGAGCUUUAGAUGAGUAUUUUGAUGUAUACAAGAUUCUUGACAUGUACAGUCUCUAUUCUCCGAGGUGUGUUCCUACCACCGAGAACUCCUCCAUUUCACAUUCUGUCGCCGGAAGCCGCCACCUUCCUGCUGCUCGAGGCAUCUUUCGGCCCCGUCUCGUCUCCAACAAUGAGGGAUGGCGGAAGAUGGCGGCCGGGUACGAUCCAUGUGCAUCAGACUAUACAGAAAAGUAUAUGAACAGGAGAGAUGUUCAAGAGGCACUUCAUGCUAAUGUCACCAACCUCUCUUACCCUUGGACUCAUUGCAGCGAUCAUAUCUCGUUUUGGGCUGACGCUCCCGCUUCCAUGCUUCCUACCUUGAGAACACUUGUUUCAGCCGGAUUACGAGUAUGGGUUUUCAGUGGGGAUACAGAUGGAAGAAUCCCAGUGACCGCAACCAGAUACUCAUUAAAGAAGCUUGGUCUUAAGACCGUCCAAGACUGGACACCUUGGUACACCAAUAAACAACAGGUUGGCGGGUGGACGGUGGAGUACGAUGGGCUAAUGUUUGUGACUGUGAGAGGAGCGGGACACCAAGUUCCGACUUUCAAACCUAGAGAGGCUCUUCAGCUUGUUCACCAUUUUCUUGCUAACAAGAAACUUCCUACGUUUCCCUUUUGAUUAUUUCUCUACUACUCCAGAUUAUUUUAUAAUUGUUCAGAAAAUUAAUAAACCGAUUUAAGCAAAUACAAAUGCCAUUAAUUAGACUUGUAUAUAAGGCUUAUCUCGCUUUA